CAGCACCUAAAACACGUCACACAUAUUCUUGGAUCUAGAUACGCAAGUUCAAUACUACGAUGCUAUUUUGAACAGUCGUAAAUUGUUGGGAAAAAUUCAACUCUUGCGACUCGUCGAUUUUGUAUUGAGUAAUCAGUUUUGCAAUCAUUAAAAAAUAAUAUCAAAUUUCAGAGAGUUGAUCAAUUUGAUCAUACAUAAAGAUUUCGUAAAAAGUGAUUAUUCUUAAUCGACAUGGCUGCGAAACAAAUUUUUUCCCUCGUUUUCGUCAGAAAUAAAUCCGACAUUCUGAUCGGCAUGAAGAAACGCGGUUUCGGACAAGGGAAAUGGAAUGGUUUCGGCGGUAAAGUUGAAUCCCAUGAGACUAUAUUACAAGGGGCUAUCAGAGGAUUAGAAGAAGAGAGUAGUUUAAAAGCAGAGAAUCUAAAAAAUGUUGGGAUUCUUGAAUUUGAAUUCGAAGGUAGUCCCACACCGCUAGAAGUGCAUGUUUUUGAAACAUUCGCUUACACUGGGACCAUCAAGGAAUCCGAAGAUAUUCUACCCAAGUGGUAUAACUUGAAGGAUGUUCCUUUCAAGAAUAUGUGGCCGGAUGAUGAGCUCUGGUUUCCAUACAUGCUAAGAGGAGAAUUUUUCAAAGGAAAAUUCCUAUACCGUGGAGAAGAUACCAUUCUAAAACACAAUAUUGAAGUUGUUGAUAAACCUUCUGAAUAAAUGACUAUCUAAUUCAUUCCGCAAUGUAUAUUAUGUAUUUAGUGUAAAAACUGUUGAUCAAUUGUAGAUUUAAAUUCAAAUAAACUAUAUUUCUAUGUA